GCCCUUUAAUAAAUUCCACACACCUGGGGCGAGGAUGGUUCUUUCUAGGACGCCCGGUGAGCCGCUGCGCGCAGCUGAGUGGGGAGUCCCGCGCCCGCCCCCAUCCACGAGGCCAGCCAGCGCGGGGCUCCUCCCGCCCAGAGCGUGGGGCCCGGGCAGGUGCAGCUCGGCCUUAGAGACGGGCCCUCAGCGGCCAAGUGCUCCCGCUGUUCAGUUUCUUCCUCUCACCACCAGCGCCUGCCAGGAGGGGUCUGACCUCCACGCCAGGCUCCCUCCAGCCCUGGGCGAGGAUCCCUGCUCAGGCCACCCCCGUCAGGUCCGCACACAGAGCGGAGAUGGCCAGCGAACGUCGGGUGGCGUCAGGGCGCAGGGCCCUGCAGGAGCCCCCGUUCCACCAGAGGCAAAGUCGGAACAGCGGGCCCACAAUUCCGCAGCCCGGCCCUUCUGCCCUCGCCCCCUCCUGACCCUCGCCCACGUCACGGCCACACGGCCACCCCGUCCCCUGAACACACUUGCGGCAGGGCCUUCGACUGGCCGCCUCCCCCCCGGAGGGCCCCUUCCCACGCUGCAGGAGCCUGCUCGCUCUGGGUUCAACUUCCCCCCUGCCCCACUGCGCCCCCCUUCCUGCUUCCAGGAGCCCCCCGAGCCCCCCUUCCUGCUUCCAGCCUCCUGCCGCAGCGUCGGCCAUCACGCUCUGCAGCCUUUCCUCGCCCCCUCGCCCAGCGCAGGCUCCAGACCACAGGGAGCCGGGCAUAGGGUCGCGGCUGCCGUCCAGAACCUACCUCAGGCAGGUAGUAGGGGAAACACACAAGGAUGCCCCUGGACUCGGGGUCUGAGCCACGGGGAAAUACGGAACCUGGUGGAACAGGGCAACGCCCGGGGCCCCGGAAUGCACGGCUCCCCCUCCCGGGGCCCCGGGGCCGUGCAGCUGCCAGGGCCGGCGCCACGCUCCCACCGCUUCCCAGACAUGCGGAUAAUGGAUGUGUGUCCUGACUGGUCACCUCCUGCCUCCUGUUCCUCGGCCCCUGGGCCCCCGGUCACCCCGGCCCGGGGCCUGAACAGGUCUGCAGAGGCUCCGUGAGGACAGCACAGAGUAGGUGCUGCUCGGGAAGCCAGAGGAGCAGGGGCGCCGGGUCCAGGGCAGCUCUCCCGGGAUCUGGGGCUCAGAACCGGCCCGACU